AUGCACUGGAGCGAAUCCAUGAGUUAUGUGGAGCAGCUGCUGAGAGAUCAAUUGGUGGCGGCCAUUGGGAAGGAAGUGACUCCCGCUGAGUUUGCGGCUUACAUGCAGUUUCACUACAGGAAACUCUUCCAAGAGGCCUACGCUCCCUCGCCCUUCAGUUUUGCCGUGCGCCGCUCCUCACAGCAUUCACCGGAGGGGGCCAUUUCGGUGGAGGAGUCACAAACGGCGAUGCAGAGUCCGAUCAGUACCUUGCUUGCGACUGGUUCGCCUCAAGCAAUGAAUUUUGAGCUGGAUGCAUGCACCACAGUAUCUUUCACUUCCAACGUGCAUUUGCACGCUUGUCUGGUGCAUCAGUUUUCAGGGCAAAGUGCAGCACAGCUGUCCCUGGUGUCCAGAGCGCGGCAGUUUAGCUCCUUCAUUGUGAUGGUUGGGAGGGUGAUCUCGGCCACAUCCUUCGACCCAAAAUUUGCCAUGCUGCUGCAGAACAAGGAUGAGUUGCAAAUUCCGCUGGACUUAUCUACCAUCCCAACACCAAAGGAGUUCAAGGAUGCCAUUGAAUCCUUGUCUCCAGAGCAGAGGGCUUUUGCCAAAGCUUUCCGGGCAAUGCAACUGGAAAGCACGCUUUUUGGUAUCCUGGUUAUCCAAGUGAAACCACAACUGGAGCAGCUCUUGAAGCUUCCAGAUGAUAGUCUCACCAAGGAGAUCAAAUUGACGCAAGAUCUCAUGCAGCUCUUCAUCAGGUACCAAAUCCCCAGCGAUUUGUUAUCAUUCUCAGAUGAUUUGCUCCUGCCUGGGGAGUCAGCAACACCUGAGAAGCAGUUGCAGUUGGUGAAGGGACAAGUGGAGGCCAUGCAGAACAUGAUCGAAAUCGCGAAGGAAGCGGAGAUCCAGGAGCGGCGCCAAGAGGAGCAACAACGGCGACUGGAAAAGAAACUCGAAAAGAAGGGCCGGCGCAGCAAAGCUCAGCCUGAUCCCCCCAGCAUUGCGCCCGUGGAGAAGAAGAAUGACAAGAAGCCUGCCAAGCGCAACCCCAGGGUAGCGAGGGGUCUUCUGGGCGGCUUCGGCAGCAUGAUGAAGGCCAUGGUGGGUCGAGCGACGCCCGUGCCCAAGGGUCAUUUGCUGGAAAACGAAGCCAUGGACGAUCUCAUGGAUGAUGGGAUGGACGACAUGGACUAUGACGAGUAUGGCCGUGACUGCGCAGACGAGGACUCCCAGGACGGCUCCCCGGCGGAGGCGGCUGACGCCGAAGGCGCCGCCGCUUCCGAAACGCUGGCGCCUGCGAAGGCUGCGCCGAAGGGGUCGCUUGCGCCGCCGCCACGGCCGUCGUUAACGACGGCCGUGGCGGCGCGGGAUUACACACGUGUGGCAAAGCAGAUGGACGAGCAGUUCGAAAAACUGGAUCCAGACAGCAGCUUGAGACCAACCAUCAUCACACCUGCGAAUGCCUGGAGAAAGACCUCGCAGCCCAAGUUGCUGGGAGAGAAGAAGACUGAAGAGCUUGGAGAAGACGGGCAACGGCGGAUGAAGAUGGAAGCCUUUGAUCUCUUGGAUGCCAUCACCAAGUCUGGAGCUCUGCCUUUGAGCCAUGCAACAUUGCACAUCGUGGUGGCUGCCACUCAUUGCUUUGACAAGACCGUGACGGAGACAGUCAUACAGGAGAAUGUCAACCCCAUCGAAAAGGUGGAGCGUUCGAGUUUGAUCAUGGCCUCCGCUGUACACCAGAAAGCAGCUUCGGCCUUGAUGAACGACUCGAGCUGUGCACGAGUGCUCGCGCAUUCCCCUCAAUUAGAGGAUGCAUCAUGGCUGUGGUCUUUGGUCGCCUUUGGUCGCCGUGGGACGCAGAAGCCGAAGGAUCCGAAGGCCUCCAGGGUGGAGGUGGAGAAGGCGCCCUUGGAGGAGGACCGAACUGCUUUGUCACAUGUGAUGCCACAGCAAAACCCAAGCUCCGGACGGCCAAAGAUCUUUCUGGAGAUCGCCAUCUUCCGUGGAGCCUUCUUUGGAGUCGAUCACCAAGCAGCCUUGGAGUUUGAACUUCAUCCCGAUGUGGCUCCCAAGACCACCCGGCGCCUCUUAGAGGACUGCUGCGCCCAGCGCCUGCGGGACCGGCGCUUUGGGCCCGUCAUGGCGGUCUUGGGCGGCGGAGAUCUGGGUGAACCCCAGGCAGAGACGGGGGAAGGCCUGCGACACACAGAGCCCGGGAUGCUGUCUGUCUCGAGGAAGAACGACUUUGCAGGUUACAUCUUAACCUUGGCCGCCUCGCCCCGGCUGGACCGUGAUCACGUGGCCUUUGGACGGUUGUGCAAAGGUGCGGAAUUUCUGCAACAUAUCCGUGAAGCCCGAGAUUCCGAGUGCAAGGAAGUUCGCGUGGUGAAUUGCGGCGAGGUCCUGCGGGAUUUGGACGAACGCAGCCUCUCAUCGAUCAUGCUGUGCCGCUGUGGCUGCGCUUCGGCGACGCCACUUGCGGAGCAUGCUGCGCGGCUGUCGAGCCAAUGUGCUCGGCACUCCCAGCAGCAAACACUAGCCUAUCCGAUGUAUACUGUUCCGCAAGAGACUUUCCUGGAGUUUUCCAAGAUGCGGCCACAUGAGGAGUUGCUGAGAGAAAAUGUCUUGGUGCUUUUCGAAGAGACGAAGGGCCGCGGAUUUUUCAUUUCACACCAAUGGGUAGGUGUGAGGCAUCCAGAUCCAGAAAUGAAGCAGCUGGUGGUCCUGCAGGAUGCAUUGAGGCAGAUGAUGUCGGGCUGCAGCACCAUUUCCAUCGCGCCAACCGAAGAAAUGCUCGGUGUACAUCGAAAAGGACUUUCAACCAAGAAACUCCAGAGCGGCAGAAACUUUUUGUGGUACGACUACUUCUCAUGUCCACAACUGUCAGAGGAGGAUCUCAAGAAAUCAGUGGAUAGCAUUCCUGGCUACAUCACACGCUGCGAGUACUUGUUCGUUCUUUGCCCUGUCCUGACCCGAGCUGAAGGUCGGGAGACCAUGAACAAAGACACCUGGGGCUCGCGCGGCUGGUGCCUGGCGGAGCACAUGGCCGGAGAGCUCUGCGGCGUCAACGACAAAGUCAUCGUGGUCGAAAGCGCUACACAUAUCACGAUGGCGACCGGCUACAAAGCGAACCUCAUCCGUCCGGGUGAAGGCAUGUUUUCCUUCAAUGAAGACCGAGAAGCGGUGGCAAGGUUCUUGAGGACUUUGAUUGAGAACAAAUUGACCACCUAUUUGAAGGAGGGCAAGCUGCACAAGUAUCGCUUCUUGUGGAGCCAGCAGCGGGUUCGCCUCGAUGGAUUGCCAACGGAGCCUAUUGAACACCUUGUUCCCGGUUUCGACGCCAAACCUGGCGAGAAUGUUGUUUUGGCAAAUUUUCUAUAUCAAAAUGGUUUCACCAACGUCAACGAGCGUGACUCAAAUGGCUGGAGCCCUCUUCUGUACGCAGCACUUGGAGGGAACCCCGUGUUGAUCCGGCAGCUGCUGGAAAGUGCAGCUGAUCCCAACGACAAGACACGGAAGGCAACGCCUUCAGCAACGAUGCGCAAGGGCCACAGUGUAUUGGCAGUUGUUGCCUUUUUAAAACAUAAUCGCGCCAUGGAUGUGCUUCUGGAGUUCAAAGCCUGCGUAAAUCUCAGAGAUCCGUUCAAUCACAUCUCUUUGCGUGACGCAGCAGCGGGCAACAAUAUGGAGGGGACGCUCAUGUUAUUGCAAGCGCGAGCAGAUACUACUGUGAUGGCCAUGGGGUGCCUAUCUCCACUGAUGGUAGCUUGUGCUGAGGGCUCGGUGAAUGUGGCGAAAGUCUUGGUGCCCUUUACGAACAAGGCCGAUUUGACAUUUGGUCUCCAAUUGUGCUCCUGUUUCAGUGGUUCUGCGGAACUCACACUGCUGCUGAUUGAAGCCGGGGCUAAUGUGGAUGAGCCUUUUCGUCCCACCUGGGCUCUUUGGUUUCUGCUGCAGAUCUCCAAACUCCAUCACCGGAGGCACCCUUCCAGGCUAAGCAUGCUGGCGCAGAACCACUCAGGUGCUACUCCGUUGAUGUGCAGCAUUUUAAGCGGCGCUUUUGAAGCAGCCACCACCCUCAUUACUGCUGGAGCACGGGUGGACAUUUGCAACUCCAAAAAGAAGACUGCAGUCGAUUUGGCGCGGGAGGUCUUAGCUCCAGACUUCGUGAUGGACGCCCUUAUCAAGCAGGAGCUGAAGCUGCCUUCUGGCAGAUCCGUCGAAUUCGCACGGUACUUUUGGGAAGCCUCGCAGCCAUCGUCCUACUGUACAUUCUGAUUGCUACAGUCCAUUGUCGCAGAUUUCUGUGCCAGUUGCCCUUCCAAGCCAGUAGCAUCCAGCAGCACUUGAACAGUACAAGGUCUCAGCGGC